AUCAUUAACGAAAUUCUCUAGAAAAACGUAAAAGAAUCUAAACACUUGUUGGGAAAAACAAAAUUAACGUAAUGUUAGGUAUGAGUAGGAAAAAAAUAUUGGUGUUAGCAUUUAUUUCCAUUUAUUUCUUAUCGACCGUAGCUGCGAAUGGUUCAUUUCCUGCGCUUUUCGCUUUUGGAGAUUCAAUACUUGAUACCGGUAACAACAAUUUUCUCCUGACGUUAAUGAAAGGAAAUAUCUGGCCAUAUGGGAGAAGCUACACUAUGAAACUGCCGACGGGAAGAUUCGGAAAUGGAAGAGUUUUCUCCGAUGUGGUUGCCGAGGGUUUGGGAAUUAAAAAAACUUUGCCAGCUUCUCGUAAGGUUUUCAUUGCUCCAAGCGACCUUAAAACUGGUGUUUGUUUCGCAUCAGGUGGUGCAGGAGUCGACCCUGUUACAUCUAGACUAAUGAGAGUUUUAACGCCGGGCGACCAAAUAAGUGAUUACAAAAAGUACAUAAUGAAGCUAAAGGUCGUAGCUCCUACACAAGCAAGUUCGAUCAUUGCAAACGCAGUGUAUCUUGUUUCUCAAGGAAAUAAUGAUAUUGGAAUCUCGUUUUCCAUGACUCGAUCUGCACUCAUGCGAGGAAUUGUGACUCGUGGUAUGUACACCACUAAACUAACUGGCUGGAACAAAAAAUUUAUGAAACAAAUAUAUGAUCAAGGAGCCAGAAAAUUUGCAGUGAUGGGAGUGAUACCGUUGGGAUGUUUGCCUAUGACAAGAAUCGUCGGUAAAUGUAACUUAUUCGCAAAUAUAUUAGCUGAAGAUUACAACGGAAAAUUGAGGAAUGGUGUUAAAACUUGGCCAAAAGAAGCCGGUUUUCGUGGUUCAAAGUUUGUCUAUGUCGACAUGUUCAACACUCUUAUGGAUGUCAUAAAAAAUUAUAGAAAAUACGGAUUUAGUAAUGCGAACAAUGGGUGUUGUUGUAUGCCUACAGCGAUAAUACCUUGCCCAAAUCCUCAUAAUCACGUCUUCUAUGACUUCGUUCAUCCUUCGGAGAGAGCCUACACAACCAUUUCCAAAAAGCUGGUCCAGGAUAUUAAGAAAGGCCUUGCCUAAUUUUAGUCUUACGACCAUAUAUUGUUGUAAUCUUAAUCACCAACAGCGUACCAAAAUAAAUAAUAAUAAACAACCAAAAUCGUUAAUCCCUUGUAUAUUAAUUAAGAAACAUUGCAAUAUUUUUUUGUAGUCACGACAUCGAUAUUAUGAUUUUUAGAAUACUUAAAAAAAUAUAUAGUUUGGUCCAUCUAAACAUAUAUUUUAUAUAUUGGACUUUUUAUUAAACUAACUAUGAAAUUUAUUUGUAACUA